CGGAAAGCGGGGGAAGCAGUUACACACUGGAAGCAGUGCUGCGUGCGGUACCGCCACCCUUACAAGCUACGAAGAUAAAUCCGUUGAAUGUUUUUCGGGAACUGGAAAUUUGCGUGCCAACGAAGCGCUGUGCGAUGUCGUGGUGAAAGGACGGGAAAGAGGGUCGCCGGGAAUUCCCUGUCACCGCGUCGUACUCAGCGCCCACAGCAGUUACUUCCGGGCAGCCUUUACGUCAUCCAUAAAGACCAAAGAGUCGCAAGAACGCUGUAUCCGGCUCCACGACAUCCCAACGCAGUCUUACCACUUUGAUCGAUUACGCGUACACUUCGCAAAUUGCGAUUGACGCAAGCAGCGUGGAGCUGCUUCUGCACAGUGCAGUGUACCUAGGGAUGGACGUCGUCGUGGACGCCUGCUGGGAGUUUCUGGAGUACAACCUCAGUCUGGAUACAUGCGUGAUGACCUGGUGUUUAGCUGAUAAUGAGCUACAUCAACAACCCCGGCUGGCCAAAGAAGCGAAGGAUUUCAUUUUCGCCAAUAUCGGCUGUGUCGCCGAACAGUUCGAGUUUUUAGAAUUGGACUACGAUAAGUUCGUCCAACUUCUUGGAGCAAAUGAUAUUUACGUGGAACAAGAAGAGUCCAUCCUGGAAGCGAUUGUCAAUUGGCUUAGCCAUGAUUCAGAAUACAGAAGCCGGCACUUUGCGGAAUUACUGCAGUAUGUCCGACUUCCGCAAAUCAGCGAGGAAAUUUUGGACACCACAGUCGUUCGGUUGAAGGCAGAAGGCAGUGCUGACGCAGCGGAUAUCCUCUACAAAGUUAGCAAAACGUCGGGAUGGACUAUUCCUCAGUACGCAGUGCGAAAAUCUGACGGGCCGUCAUGGUGUAUAUCGUCGAUUCUAAAAAUCCACGUCCUUCAUCGGUCCUUCGGUAUUUUGAUCCCCGGGACGGCAUUUGUCGGACAAUUUGCCCACUGCCACAACCGGUGUCGUUCGGAAGAAUUCUAGGAGCGAUCGAUGGCGAACUGUAUGUUGCUGGUUGCGGUGAAAGCAAGAAUUUUUACCGCUUCAGCUUGUCAAAUUAUCAGUGGACCGAGUUAACCGCACUGCCAAUGAAGACCUUCCCCGCAACCGGCGUAUCGAUCCGAGGAUCUUUUUAUAUCAUCAGCGGCGUGAACAGCGACAACAACACGCCACCCCUCUUCAAGGUGUAUCGUUAUGACCGUGCCAUCGAUGCAUGGGAGAUGGUGUCCCAGAUGACGCUUGUUCUACCUGAUAACGCACCAAAUGCCAGCUUCUUUCGCUUCUUCGCUGCUUCUCUAUGCGGACGGCUGUACAUCUUAUCCAACUAUGAUCAUUUCAGCGGCGGACCAUUUAAGGCCGCAACCCUUAAGCAUUUAUUUGUCUGCUAUGAUCCGAAAACCGACGUCUGGACAAAUUUGCCGCCGGUGCCGACUGUAUGCGACCGCUUCGCAGUGUGCGGCGGUGCGCUGCUUUCAGUGACCAACUCAUCGUUGUCGAUCUAUAUGGCCACGAAUGGGAUACACCAGAGCCGGCAAACCAGAAAAGACUGACCCAAACCAAUAUUAUAUUCUGAAAGCCCGUAGUCGAAAACCCGGCCAGAUAGUAUUC